GGCAGAGGCGUGGGGCCAUCCCCUGGCCGAGCCGGGCGGUACGGCGCUCCUGGCGGCCGCGCACCCACCGCGCCGCGCGCCGAGCCCGGGGGCCAUGGAGAAAACGCGGCCGCUGUGGGCCACCCCGCUGCAGUUCGUGUUCGCCUGCAUCUCGUACGCCGUGGGCCUGGGCAACGUGUGGCGCUUCCCCUACCUGUGCCAGAUGUACGGCGGAGGGAGCUUCCUGGUGCCCUACAUCAUCAUGCUGGUCGUGGAGGGCAUGCCGCUGCUGUACCUGGAGCUGGCGGUGGGGCAGCGCAUGCGCCAGGGCAGCAUCGGGGCCUGGAGGACCGUCAGCCCCUACCUCAGUGGCGUCGGCGUGGCCAGCGUGGUGGUGUCCUUCUUCCUCUGCAUGUACUACAACGUGGUCAAUGCCUGGGCCUUCUGGUACCUCUUCCACUCCUUCCAGGACCCCCUGCCGUGGUCCGUGUGCCCGCUGAAUGGCAACCGCACGGGCUACAUUGAGGAGUGUGAAAAGGCCUCUUCCACGCAGUACUUCUGGUACCGUAAGACCCUCAACAUCUCGCCGUCCAUCCAGGAGAGCGGGGCAGUGCAGUGGGAGCCGGCGCUGUGCCUCAUCCUGGCCUGGCUGGUGGUGUACCUGUGCAUCCUGCGGGGCACCGAGUCCACCGGCAAGGUGGUAUACUUCACUGCAUUGCUGCCCUACUGUGUGCUCAUCAUCUACCUGGUCAGGGGCCUCACGCUCCAUGGAGCCACCAAUGGCCUGGCAUACAUGUUCACUCCCAAGAUGGAGCAGUUGGCCAACCCCAAGGCCUGGAUCAACGCAGCCACCCAGAUCUUCUUCUCACUCGGCCUGGGGUUUGGCAGCCUCAUCGCCUUUGCCAGCUACAACGAGCCCUCCAACAACUGCCAGAAGCACGCCAUCAUCGUGUCCAUCAUCAACAGCUCCACCUCCAUCUUUGCCAGCAUCGUCACCUUCUCCAUCUAUGGCUUCAAGGCCACCUUCAACUACGAGAGCUGCUUGAACAAGGUGAUUCUGCUGCUGACCAAUUCUUUCGACCUUGAAGAUGGCUUUUUGACAGCCAACAACCUGGAGCAAGUGAAAGAUUACCUGGCGUCUGCGUACCCCAGCAAGUACAGUGAGGUGUUCCCACAGAUUAAAAACUGCAGCUUGGAAACGGAGCUGGAGACGGCCGUUCAGGGCACUGGCCUGGCUUUCAUCGUCUACACGGAGGCCAUUAAGAACAUGGAGGUAUCCCAGCUGUGGUCGGUGCUCUACUUCUUCAUGCUGCUACUGCUGGGCAUUGGGAGCAUGCUGGGCAACACGGCCGCCAUCCUCACCCCUCUGACGGACAGCAAGGUCAUCUCCAGCUACCUGCCCAAGGAGGCCAUCUCCGGUCUGGUGUGCCUCGCCAACUGUGCCAUCGGCAUGCUGUUCACCAUGGAGGCCGGCAGCUACUGGUUUGACAUCUUCAACGACUACGCUGCCACGCUGUCCCUGCUGCUCAUCGUCCUGGUGGAGACGGUCGCCGUGUGCUACCUGUACGGGCUGAGCAGAUUUGAAAGCGACCUCAAGGCCAUGACUGGACACGCCCUGAACUGGUACUGGAAGGCCAUGUGGGGCGGCGUGAGCCCACUGCUAAUCAUCAGCCUCUUCAUCUUCUACCUGAGCGACUACAUCAUCACAGGGACCCUGCGGUACCAGGCCUGGGAUGCCGCCCAGGGUCAGCUGGUGACCAAGGACUACCCGCCCCACGCCCUGGCCGUCAUCGGGCUGCUCGUGGCCGCCUCCACCAUGUGCAUCCCGCUCGGGGCCCUGGGCACGCUCAUCACACGCCGCCUCAAGCGAGGACACACAGCCCCUGUGGCCUGAGAGCCGGGUGCCCCGGGACUGACACCGGCCGCUCUGUUCCAGCCCCUCACCCAAAGAUGGGCACACUGGCUGCUGCCAGAAAUCCCGACUCCAGACGCACUCGGCCUGCUGUCUUCUUGCCCAUCAGGAAGGUGAGGAGGUGACUCCCUGAUGAGGAGCCCCGUCCUGCCCACCAGGUGGCCCUGUGUCCCCUCCGCGAUCCCAGUCACACCCCGCCACCAGAGGCAGGAUUCCCACGGCGAGUCUGGAAGGUGGCUGUUUGAUGGCAGCAAAGUCCAACAAGCAGGGCGCACUGUGAACUGAAAUUUGACUUUAUGAAAUAAAAUUUUAGCAUUUUUUUUUUCUGAAGAAAUCUCAAAAUGUUAGAGGGCAACUCAUUUGUAGAGAAGUUGGGAAAAGGAGUUUUCAGUGCCUAAGAUGACAAAUCUCAAUGUCAUCAGAGCAAAAUGAGUUCUACUUUCAGACACGGUGACCCUGCAAUCAACUGUGUUCUUCCCUGAGAGGAUGGGCUGGCCACAAAGAAAGAGGGGCUUUGCUCAGGGCUCACACAGGAGGUCACGAUUCCCUCACCUGCGGCCUCUCCACGAAUAACCCCAAACCCCAGUGUCUCAGAGCCCUCACCAGCUGCCAGAGUCACUGCAAGGAUGAAAGUGAAGCCAGCUUUCCCACAGGCCUAAGGUAAUAUUUGGACAUAACAACCAGCUCUUUAUAGCAAAGACCAUGAUCACAACUUAGUGCUAAUUUACCUGUACAUAAGUCUUCUAAAAUGUAAAGAGAGGCUCUGUUUGAGACCAGUCUUUCUAAAGUGAAGACACUGUAUUUAUGACACGGCAUUAGUCCACCAUGCAAACAUCUGCUUUUAACCUGUAACAGCAAGCAGGUCAAGGUCAUCCUGACUUGAGAGGGUCCCUUCCUGUUCUAAUAUUCCUGAAUCCCAUGAUCGCAGUGAAGCACAGGAAGGUUCUUUGGGUACAUUAUACAGACAUCUUUAAAGACACUUAAACACUCACCUGGGACAUCGGCUGGAGAUGGCUUUUCUUUUAAAACUGUUUAUUUUCAUGCUAUAAACUUCCAGCUUCACCUGAUGCCCAGUUAUAGAAAGACCAUUUGGAGGUGUGGGGUAAGCUGGAGAGUCACAUGUAGAUCAAUGAAGUUAGGACAGACCCUCACCCCAGAUACAAAAAUAAACCCCAAAUGACCUAAAGACUAAAUUAAAUAUAAGACAUGACGCCGUAAGACUCAUAGAAGAGAACACAGGCAAAACAUUCUCUUGGCAUAAACCACACCAAUAUUUUCUUAGGUUAGUUUCCCAAGGCAAUAGAGAUAAAAUAAAAUAGGGCCUAAUCAAACGUAUAAGCUGUUGCACAGCAAAAGGAAACCAUAAACAAAACAAAAAGACAACCUAUGGACUGGGAGAAAACAUUUCCAAAUGUUACUAACAAGGGCUUGAUUUCCAAAAUUUACAGAUAGCUCAUACAACUCAACAGCAAUACAGCAACCUAACCCAACACUGGGCAGAAGACCUAGACAGACAGCUCUCCAAAGACAGCGUACAGACGGCCAAUAUGCACAUGGAAAGGUGCUCAGCGUCAGAAACCAUCAGAGAAAUGCAAAUCAAAACUGCAACGAAAACAUCACACAGGUGAGAGUGACCAUCACUGACAAGUCUACAAAUAAAUGUGGAGAGGGUGUAGCAAAAAGGGGCCCUCCUACACUCUUGGUGGGAGUGUUCACUGCUGCAGCCACCGUGGAAACCAGUAUGGAGGCUCCUCACAAAACCAGAGUUGCCAGAUCACCUAGCAAUCCCACUCCUGGGCAUACAUCCAGACAAAACUAGAAUUCCAAACGAUGCACGCGCCCUAUGUUCUCGCCAGCACUAUCACAGCAGCCCAGACCUGGGAGCAGCCUAAAUGCCCAUCAGCAGAUGGGUGGAGAAAGAUGUGGCACGUAUAUGCAGUGGAAGAUCACUGAGCCACAAAAAAGGACAAAAUAAUGCCGUUUACAGCAACAGGGAUGGGCCUAGAGAUUCAUUCUACGCAAGUCAGAAAGAGAAAGGCAAAUAUCAUGAUGUCACUUGUAAGUGGAAGCUAAAACACAAUGCAGAGGAACUCAUUACAAAACAGAAACACUCAGAGAAUCGACUUGUGGUCGCCAAGAGGGAGGGAUGGUGGCCGAAGGAUGGCCUGGGGGUCUGGGACUACUAUGUACAGGAUGGACAAACAGCACGGUCCUACCGAAGGGCGCAGGGAACUGUAUUCUACAUCCUGUGAUAAACCGCGAUAGAAACAAAAACUACUCGGCUUUAAAAUGUAUGCACUUACGUACCACAUCUAGUCAGUCCUGUGAGUUCUCAUCAGAGGGUUCUUCAGUGUCCAGACCCCUCAGCUAUCAAGGCUUGAAGAGUGGACACACUCGACAGUAAAUACACCACACACAGUCUGCUCCUACCACCUUACAGCUCAGUCCCCACCUCAGCCCUCAGUCACGAUCCUUGCAACAGAGGCCACCCCUCUGGGCUUGUUCGUCAGCUGGGCGUCUCAGCCCCAAAUGCCAGGGUCCUUAGCAGCGUGGACCAAUUCUGUCCUCAAGCAGCACCACACUCACAGCGCUUGGACCUCGGUGGUCCUCCACCAGUGUCCCUGCCAGCCCGCCGGGUGCACUUAAAACUCCUGAUGUGCGGGCCACCCCGUGGAACCUGAGAACCGGUGCCCUACUGGAGAGAGAUGGGGAAUGGGUCAAAUGUUCAGGCACAUUUACAUCAAAAAGUCUGAGAGCACUUUUGAGCACGGAAAAGUCACUUCUCCAAAAUAAUUUCUGCUCACAAAAGUCAAACACAGAAGAACCAUUAUUAUAGACUAAUGUGCUCCAGAUGAAACUGUCUCCAGUUUCAGUUCAGUUUUAUCCUGGUUUCUAAGAACUGCAUGAAGAGCAGAACAUUUCACAGUCACCCUCUUAAACCACUAGUCCUGUUUCAAAGAAGCCUUUCCUGGCUGUUUUCUAGGGACUGCACCCGAGCAGUCAUCUUGGCAUCCGUCCACCCUCCUCCAGGAAGCUGGAGGAAGAAGGCACACUCCAUCCCUGCACGCUCAGUGGCACCACGACAUCAGCACCAGGCAGGGGCUCUGUGAGCUUCCCACUUACACUAAGCACACCAACUCCUAGGGCUAAAAAGUCAGGCAGGGAAAUAUUGUGUUUUUAGCCACUGUCAUAAUAAAACCCUAAACAAACAGGUAUCUCUCUUGGUCUUUUUGGUCAUUUAUGGAAUGUUGUUUUGAAACAUCUCUAAACACAAGUUUUUCCCUUCAUUAUGUGAACAUACUACCUAAUUUUGGGAAAAAAAGGAAAAUAAAGGAACAGAGAAUCUGUCUGA